AUGUCAUACCCAUAUCUUGCACGUACAAUACUGAAAUACAAGUCUCCUCAUGCAACUGAUUUGUCCUUCCUUAAAGAUGAAACGAUAAGGGUUACUGGUCCUUCGGAUGAUGAUGAAGAUUGGUUGAUUGGGGAAAACAUUGAUGGUUCAAAGAAAGGUGGAUUUCCAAAAGACUUCAUCACUCCAAUCGAAGAAGAACAAGCAGGAGCAGGAGAAGGAUCAAAUACAGAACAUCCCACUCAACAAUCUGAACCGGCUCUCCCUACAACCACUACCACUAAUACUACUUCGACCAAUCAAUCAGCUCCCCCUGUAUCGAUAAAUAUUCCAGCUCCACCUUCACCAACAUUAGAAGCCACUUCGAGACUUCCAACUCCUGCAAUGGCUCCUUCACCCGUACCUCCUACUGCUGAACCAUCCACAUCUGACCCUGCCCCUGCCCCUGCCCCUACUUCUGCACCCGCGCCUACUCGUGCACCUGUAUCAACAGAAGCUACAAAUACAACAAGUGAUUCACCUCCAAAACCUCAAUCGAUGAAAGAUCGAUUAGCAUUCUUUGCUGCAGCACAAAACAAACCUGCUCCGCCGCCAAUCAAACCCAAACCUGCUGCAGGUGGAUUAACAUGGUCUCAAAGACAGAAAUUGCGUCAAGAGCAAGAAGCCAAAGAACGUGAAUCCAACCCUAAUCCCACCUCAACUCCAGCUGCUCAUGCUCCUGCUCCAGCCCCCGUACCAUCGCAACCCGCUCCGAUUACUUCGAAAGAACCAGCUGCCAGUCAACCUAAAGAUGAAGAGAAGAAAGACGAAGGAAAAGGAAUGUCAGCCGCUGAUGCUCUCAGUUCAAUCACAAAAGGUGGCUCAUUGAAAGAACGUAUGGCAGCUCUGCAAGGUCAAGGUGCUUUUGGUUCAAAUUCAACUCCAAAUGAAGAAUCAAAAUCCACUGCUCCUCCACCUGUCUCAUCUGGUAAAGUCUGGAAGAGACCUCCUGCUCCCGAACCAGAGCCUGAAGCAGAUACACAAGAUACCACUGAACAAAUCGAUAGACCUGAAAGCGUCAGAUCGCCAAUUGCAGAACAAGGUGAUAGCAUAGCUCACCCAAGAGAAGAAGGAAGUACAGAAGAACAAGCAGAAAGAGAAGAAGACGACGAAGAUGAGGAAGAAAAGGAAAAAGCUAGAAGAGCAGCUAUAGCUGCUAGAAUGGCAAAAUUAGGUGCUAGGGGCCCAAUGGGUAUGAUGCCACCUGCAAAACCUGCUCGAAAACCUACCAAGGAAGCCUUGAGUGCAGCUUCCAGUCCUGUCGAAGAGAAGAGGGAACCUGUCCCCGAAAGUACCUCUAAAGCUGAAGAUGAAGUAAAAGCUACUCCCUCUGCAGACGAAACGGCAGCAGAUUCGGCAGGACCCCCAAAAUCUAUACCUAUCCCAGCUGUGCCGCGACGUACUGCUCCUCCCAGAAGACGUGGUCCUGCGGCAACACCGGCAUCUACCAAUCCAACCGAAACCGCCCGCGAGAAUCCUCCUGAACCAGAGAAUAGAUUCGAGACUACCGAUGAAAGUGGUGCACCUAUUCCUCCUCCUCAAGUCAUGGUAGCAGGAGAAGAUGAUCCUCUGCCCAAAACACAAGCUGGCCUUGAGAAGGAAAAAGAGGAUGAGGAAAUAGGUAAAGGCGUUGGAGGAUUAGAAGGUGCAGCAGCAGCUGGAAUUGCACUUGCUCCUGUUGAUCCUAUCACUUCUUUCACCUCUACCUCUAACGGAGAUGGAAACAGCCACGCUCCACUUGCACCUCGAUUGGAAGAAGAUGCAGAUAAAACACUUGUGGGAGCUAUUGGAGGUGCCGAGUCCGUAUCGAGAGGGACUGGGACCCUAACCACGGAACAAGGUGAAGGACAAGGUGAAAUUAUUGACGAAUCAUCACCACCUGUUCAAGAAGUGGAAGAAGGAAUUUUUGAAGGUGGAGAAGAAAAAGACGAUGUAAUGAAACAAGCUCAGCGAGGGAAUCUAGAAUACGAAGCACCUUCAAACCCAUUGGACUUGAAAAAUAACGAUGAACCUAUGUCUACACCUUUAAGCCCAAUUCCAAUAGGUAUGGUACCCAUUCAUCCACCCGCAGAAGAUGGUUCAGGUUAUGACGAAGAUGAACCACCUCAUCCUUCACCAAGAAGAGGUAUAUCGUUAGAUAUGCCUUUAGAUGAGGUGGAAUUGAAGCAUGAACAUGAACACGAACUACAUAAUGAUGAGGAGAUCGAUAACGCACCCGCGCCACCACCAAGGAGACUAUCGUUAGAUAAACCUCUAGGUCCACGACCAUUACCCUCACCUGGAAAAAUCGGAAGAGCUUUACCUCCUCCUCCGACAUGUAAUUCCCUCAUCCCACCAAGGGAUGAUUCUGAGGAAGAAGACGAAGAGGACGAUGAUAUACGUCCCCAACCACCAGCUAGACUACCACCCCCACCUGCUCAGCAAACCCAAGAGGAGGAAGAAGAAGAAGAAGAAGAGGAAGGGGAUGACGCGGAUCAAGCACCACCCCCUCCUCCAGCUAGACACAUACCUCCUCCUGGUCAAGAUGACGAGCAGGAACAGGAAGAAGAGGACGAGGACGAAGACGAAGCGCCCCCACCUCCACCACCCGUCAGAAAGCCUUCGGCACCAACUCCUCUGCAAGUUGGAAUUCCUACACCUGCUAGCGCACCGAAGUCUCCCAUUGGCUCUUCACCUACAAUCUCCACGUCGCCCAUGCAAUCGCGUACUCUUGCGUCUCAAGAAAGCCUUGCACCUAGCAAAGAAGAGGAUGAUGAUGAUGCUUCACGACGAUCAGGUAUUGCCGCUCGAAUGGCUAGAUUAGGCGGAAUCAAAUUCGGUAUGCCACCUCCAACAUUGAGAAAACAGUCUCAAAAUGUAUCUUCACCUACUACCGAAACACCUGUCACCGAUCAGGAGCACCUGAACUCACCCAUCGAUAAAGAACCCCCUCUUCCCAGUCCAAAAGGAGAACCACCUUUGUCUCCUAUCUCUGCAGUCGGAGCGCAAGAAGGUGAAGAAACUCCCGAACAAGAAGCUGCUAGACGCAGAGCUACUUUGGCUAGAUUAAGAGCAGGCGGUGCUCUCGGUGGAUUUGGACUUUUCAACCAAGGUAGUAGUCACGCUGCCGCAACCGAGGAAAUUCAUGAAGACAGUAGAGGUUUAGCUGUCGACAAUGAACCAGAAGCAAAUGAGGAAGAUGCAUCACCUCCACCAGCACCUCCUGCUCGACCUGUUGCGCCCUCCGGUCCGCCUGCUUUAGGUCCUCCAGCCAACGCUGAAGAUGAGGACGAAGCUCCUCCUCCACCUCCACCUACUAGGCCCAUGAUUUCCACUGCUAACACUACAGAAGGGGAGACUACCGCUCUACCACCUCGACUGCCACAAAGUCCAAUUUCCCCUAUACCACCAUCACCAGUGCGAACUCCAUCUGGCAGAAGACCACCCGUCCCAUCGGAGAAACGGUUCUCUCAUUCGUACAAAAGAUCAAGUACUUCCUCAUCAGCUGUUAUACCUGAAAAUCAAUCUCUUUCAACUUCAGGUGAUUUGCCAAUCGCCGAUGAACCGGCUGUAAUGGCGUCCGAUCAAUUUGAAGAAGAUCAAGCUCCACCACCUCCACCUCCUCUAAACAGGAGUCUUCCACCCCAACAAUCAGUGCCAGACUCGCCGAGAAGAUCAAUGUCCACAACCUCGAGGGCGUCUAGACAGUCUUUUGAGCUACCUCCUUCCACGCCAAGCAGAGUUCUCCCUCAACAGCAACAGCAACAACAAGUACCAUCUUCACCUGUCCUACCUUCUCCAGCCAGACAAAGCUCGGUCUCGCAGACUCAUGGUAAUAGACCAGGAUUUGAUCAGUUGAAAGAAGCGUCUGCAACACACGGUGCUCAACUAGCCAGAUCCGCUCAAGGUAUCUUCAAUCAGGGAAGAAAAGCUUAUGUCGGAGAUGGUAGUCCAAUUGGAUUCGUAUAUGUGGCUAUGGAUAAUGCCAAACUGCCUAGACCGAUUCCAGGCCAAUUGGGUCAAGUGAUAUUUGAACAAGAAGGAGGAUCAAUCAUGAAAAGAUAUGACAACCCCAAGCCAGGAGAUAUAGCGGCUUUCCAUGACUCGAAAUUGAAAGGUAAAAAAGGAUUGACUACAUAUAAUCAACAUGUCGGUUCAGUCGAAGAUCCACUGGUUGGUAUCGUAGCUGAAUUUGAGGAGAGAAAACAUAAAUUGAAGGUGUAUCAAGUUGAACGAGGUGUCCCAGAAGAAGUCAGUUACAGAUGCGAAGAUUUAAAGAGUGGUAGAAUAGUUGUUUAUCGACUCGGUUUGUAA